AUGAGGUUGUUGAGGAUGCCAGUACCCAAAGAAGGUACGACAAAGGAUACAAAAAGGACCAAUAGAGAACGGUAUAAGAACCAGCUCGGAAGGAGAACAGGCAAUGAAGCGCCUAAUUGGCUGAGGGUUAAGGGUCAUCCCGGAUGGGUUAAAGAUGCCAUCUACUCCUCGGAAGAUGGACUUUCUUUUUUAUUACCGCUCCUAAGAGGAUAA